AUGAAAGGCUUCUCUGCCGUUGCGACUGCUGUUGCCGGCGCUACUCUUUUUCUCAAAGCCGCAUAUGCAAAUGUGGACCCUAUUGUCAUUAAAGGCUCCAAGUUCUUCUAUCAAACCAACGGGACGCAAUUCUAUAUCAAAGGCGUUGCCUACCAACAGGAUUAUCUAGGGAACGGCACAACCUCGAGCGGCAAUAACAACUAUGUCGACCCUCUGGCUGACGCAUCGACAUGCCAGCGAGACAUCCCCUACUUGAUCCAACUGGGCACCAACACCAUCCGAGUGUACGCAGUUGACCCCACUCAAAACCACGAUGAAUGCAUGAGUAUGCUUGCGAACGCCGGCAUCUACGUCAUUUCGGACCUGUCAUCCCCUAGCACCUCGAUCAACCGUGAUUCUCCCACAUGGAACGAUGAUCUGUACGCUCGCUAUACCGCCGUCAUUGACAACAUGGCAAAAUACACAAAUACCCUGGGUUUCUUCGCAGGAAACGAGGUGUCAAACAACAACACCAACACCGAUGCCAGCGCCUUCGUCAAGGCUGCUGUCCGCGACAUGAAGGCCUACAUCAAGCAACAAAACUACCGGUCCAUAGGGGUGGGCUAUGCUACCAACGAUGAUGCCGACAUUCGUGUCAAUCUCGCCAACUACUUCGACUGCGGAAAUCCAACUGAUGCCAUUGAUUUCUGGGGCUACAACAUUUACUCGUGGUGCGGAGACUCCAGCUACACCCUGUCUGGCUACGAUCAGCGCACCAAAGAGUUCUCGACCUACAACGUCCCCGUCUUCUUUGCCGAGUAUGGCUGCAACGUUGUUCAACCCCGUACAUUCACCGAAGUUCAAGCGUUGUAUGGCCCUCAAAUGAGCCCUGUCUGGUCGGGCGGCAUUGUCUACAUGUAUUUCCAAGAGGCGAAUGACUAUGGUCUGGUCACUGUCUCUGGCGGUUCGGUGAGCACUCUGGCCGAUUUCAAUGCCUUAUCCACCCAGAUUGCGAAAAUUGACCCCACCGGUGUCAACGCAAAAGACUACACCCCCACCAAUACUGCUCCUGCCGCCUGCCCGACUGUUGGCGCCGAUUGGCAAGCAUCGUCCAGCCUGCCUCCCACGCCGAACCAACAACUCUGCCAAUGCAUGUUUGAUGCUUUGACCUGCCGACCAAACAACGUGGCCGAGGCCGAGAUUGGUAACUUAUUUGGCAUUGUUUGCGGCCUUGCCCAGGGUGUCUGCAACGGUAUUGCCGCCAACGCCACCACGGGCGACUAUGGUGCCUAUGGCAUGUGCAACCCUGAGCAACAGCUUGGUUGGGCACUCAACACCUACUACGAACAACAAGCUGCCCAAGGAAACGGUGCCUCGGCCUGCGACUUUAGUGGAUCGGCCUCGACAGCAUCCCCAACAAGCCCGACUGGAAGCUGCGCAACAUUGAUCAACCAGGCCGGUAGUGGAGGUACUGGUACGGUCACCUCGGCACCCAGCGGCACGGGUGGGUCAGGAUCGAGCUCCGGCUCCAGUUCUGGCUCCAGCUCUGGCUCUGGUGGCAGCGGCAGCACCUCCAAUGCUGGUAUGCCUGGAGUCUCCACUCCCGGCCAUAUGGGCGUUCUGCAACUUGUGGUUUAUCUCACGAUUGCAUUCGUGUCGGGAGCCGGUAUGAUUUUGUUGUAG